AUGGAUUCAACUAUGUAUCAUUUGGAUUCAGAACGGUAACAAAUGGAUGCUAUAAUAAAUUAUGCUUUUAUCAUGAUGAUUUAUUUACAGAUGGACAACUGGCCAGAUUUUCUUUGCAUCCAUUGUUCGGAUAAAGAUUCCUUAUUCAGUGAAGUAAUUAGCCACACCAUUACAAUGCACCCUCAUGAAGAAUUUAAAAUUGAUAGACUUUAUAUAGACCCGUCAACUGGAAAAUGCCAUUACAGAAGAAAAAACUAUGGUUUCAUCCUUAAUACUGUUAAUUUGAAAAACGGGUCCAUAACAUGUAAUGAUGACAAUGAAGAUGUUGAAAUUAGGUACGCCAAUCAAGUGAAUUCAGAGCCCAAGAACCAUCAACCCACUGAAAUACCCACAGAUCAAGUUUCAGAGUCAUUAACAUUACUUGAAAGUGACAAUGAGCAGCCAACAGAUGGACCAUCUGUAAAUCUUGAUGAUUUUGUCAGCUCAGCUGAAAGAGCCUACAGAUUCCUUGAAACAAAUGACCCAAAUUCAAGAAUUAUAUCAUCUAUUUACAAUUUUUUUUUGAAAUCGUGGUAAGUGGAAUCUUUCCAAUUACCAAUAUAGCAUUAUUAUUGUUUUUGGACACUGUGGACUAUUUCACCGCUCCAUGUGCCAAACAAGUAAGAUACAGAAAGGAAACUAAAUACUUUUGGUUCAUGGGCUUUCGUCUGUUUCAUGGGAAGUUUCUGAGGUAAGACUUCAUUCAUUUUAACAUUUAAUUCUUAUGAUAAUAAAAUAUAAUAAAACUGGUCCUGAUCAACACAGGCUUCGCUAUAAGUAUUGAAGUAGCACAUUGGUGGAGGAGGCCAUGGUUAUAAUAUUUCGUGAUUUAAACAUUCGGUGUUAUAGAACAAAAUGCUAUUUAGGAUUGCUAUGUUACAAAUUUACAUAUAUGGUAAUCCUGUUUACUGAUUAUUUGUAAUAAUAUUGUCGGAACUCUGGCUGAUCUAGAAACAAUCGCUUUUUUUAGCACAGACUUGGUAUGGUGGUCUGGAGUUGCAGUUGGUAA